AUUAUUUGUCUGAAUUUAGAUCCUUUCCUGUGUAAUAUAUCUCAAGACUCAAACAUUUGAUCUUUUCCAGCAAAAAUCAAGUAGAGAGAAAAAAAGUAACGUAAUCUCGCCGGAGCUUUACUUCGCCGUUGACCGUCCGAUGAGCUGUCCGUUGACUAUUCAGUUGAUGGGGGCAGAAUCAGAUUUUUGAAAGAUAAAUAAAUAUGGUGGGGCUUUAGCUUUGUCGCAGCAGAAAAUUUUGAGGGUCUUCGUCAACAGAGAAAAUUACGCCGCCGUAUGUUUUAGCCGCCGGAGCACAAGAAAUCCGAUUCCGAUGAUUUGACUGUUCCGACACCACCCUUUUCGUUGAUCGGAGACACACGAUUUCCGAAUUCCGCCGGUUAAUAAAACAAGAGAAUGGGGCAUUGCUGCAGUAAGAGCGUCGCCGUCUCCGUUGACAAAGACGACUUCAACUCCGCCUCCGCCUCCGCCAACCACCGCCGUCAGACCCCCGCAUCGGGAUCGCAUACGCCGUCCGCCUCCGCAAAUGGAGCGGCCCGUACACCGGCCCACUCGUUCACGGCGAGCCCGUGGCAGAGCCCCUACCCGGCCGGCAUCGCGCCCUCACCAUCCCCGGCGAGGACGCCGGGGAGGAAAUUCCGGUGGCCUCUACCCCCGCCUUCUCCGGCGAAACCCAUCAUGUCGGCGUUCCUGAAACGGCACCCGGUUGCGCAGCCUAGUAAGCCGAUACCGGAGGAAUCGGCCGCCGCCGCCGGCGGCCCCAGCGAGCGGCCCCUCGACAAAAGCUUCGGGUAUUCAAAAAACUUGGCCGCAAAGUACGAACUAGGUAAAGAAGUUGGGCGAGGGCAUUUCGGUCAUACUUGCUGGGCCAAGGGUAAAAAGGGUGAUUUGAAAAAUCAACAAGUUGCUGUCAAGAUCAUCUCCAAAGCCAAGAUGACGACAGCAAUUGCAAUCGAAGACGUACGUAGGGAAGUGAAGAUACUAAAAGCUUUGUCUGGACAUCGAAACCUAAUCAAAUUCUACGACGCGUUUGAAGAUGCGCAGAACGUUUAUGUAGUUAUGGAAUUGUGCGAAGGAGGCGAGCUGCUGGACAGGAUUUUAGCACGAGGUGGGAGAUAUACGGAAGAGGAUGCCAAGAAAAUAGUCGUGCAGAUGUUGAGUGUGGUUGCGUUUUGUCAUCUACAAGGCGUCGUACACCGUGAUCUCAAGCCAGAGAAUUUCUUAUUUGCCACGAAAGACGAAGAUGCUCAAAUGAAGGUCAUCGAUUUUGGUCUAUCCGAUUUCAUUAGGCCAGAUCAACGAUUAAAUGAUAUUGUGGGAAGCGCGUACUACGUUGCUCCAGAAGUGCUUCACAGAUCAUACAGUAGCGAAGCGGAUAUUUGGAGCAUCGGUGUAAUAACGUAUAUUUUAUUAUGUGGAAGUAGGCCCUUUUGGGCAAGGACGGAAUCUGGAAUAUUCCGUUCGGUACUAAGAGCCGAUCCCAACUUCUUCGAUGCACCGUGGCCGUCGGUAUCUGCAGAGGCUAAAGAUUUUGUUAAAAGGCUUUUAAAUAGAGACCAUCGAAAAAGAAUGACCGCUGCCCAAGCAUUGACUCAUCCAUGGUUGAGGGAGCUCGAUUGCGCUAUACCUUUAGAUAUGAUGAUUUAUAGAGUGAUCAAGUCGUAUAUUCGAGCCACUCAUUUUAAACGUGCAGCGUUAAAAGCACUUUCGAAAGCUUUGACAGAGGACGAGCUCAUUUACCUUCGGGCACAAUUUGAACUCCUGGAACCGAAGGAUGGUUUUCUAUCCCUUAAUAAUUUUAAAACGGCAUUGAUGAAAAAUGCAACAGAUGCCAUGAAGGAAUCAAGAGUUGCCGACAUUUUGAAUAUGAUGGAACCUCUGUCGUAUAAAAAAAUGGAUUUCGAAGAGUUUUGCGCCGCGACAAUAAGUACGUAUCAGCUCGAGGCGUUGGAAAAUUGGGAGGAAAUUGCGAGCGCAGCAUUUCAGUAUUUCGAACAAGAAGGAAACCGUGUUACUUCGAUCGAAGAAUUAGCACAGGAAUUGAAUUUGGGUCCUACUACACAGUACCUACUCAAAGAUUGGAUCAGACCAUCAGAUGGGAAGCUGAGUUUUCUUGGAUUUACAAAGUUCUUGCACGGCGUGACGAUUCGCAGCUCAAAUACGAGACAACGCCAGUAAAUUAAAUUAAUUAAUCAGGCUUAGGAAAAAUUAAUUCUUAAUAGAUUCAAAUUUAUUUAUAAUUAUUUUGAGGCUAUGGGAUUUUGCCAGUUUCUUGUUUGCUGUUCUAUCUGGCUUUGGGAUUGUGUUAAGUCUUUCUUGAAAGAGGAUUGUCUGUUGUUGUUUGACCAGUGGUUUGACUUCUCAAAGAUUUGAUUUUGGAUUAGGAAAUGGGAAUUUAAUUAUUGUUGAAGAGAAAUUAUAAUAUCUAGUGAAGGUAGAUACUCAAAUUUCACAAUGAAAUAUUUUAUUUAUUAUUGGAUU